AUGGCGCACCUCCGACCACUCAUGGCGCCGGUGCUGGUACCAGGCACCGAACCCUUGCCACCGGGGAUGACGGAAGAAGACCGUGCAGAAAUGGCCAAGAUUGCCAAGUGGAACAAGAUUGCCAACAUGUCGAUGGAAUCGUGUCCGGUCAAAUGCGCCCUUUCUGGCGCGGCAGGUUUUGGUCUCGGAGCCUUCUUCUCCCUCAUGUCGACCUCUUUCGCUGUCGACGAUCCACUUCGGAGAACAACACUCGCGGCGAAUGGCUUGGACCCAGGCAAGGUGGGAGAGAUGACGACGAUGCAGAGCACAAAGGAGUUUUUCAAGCAGACGGGCAAGAGCAUGUACAGGUCAGGCAAAGGGUUUGGUAAGGUAGGAGCGUUGUAUAGUGGUAUUGAGUGUUGUAUCGAGGCGUAUAGGGCGAAGAAUGAUUUGGUCAACCCGGUAGCGGCUGGCUUUGCGGCAGGGGCGAUAUUGGCUAGGAACUCGGGACCAAAGGCGGCUAUUGGGGGUGGGGUUGCGUUCGCAGCCUUCUCGGGCGCGAUCGACAUGUACUUCCGACGCGAGGUGGCGGAUGACGACUAG